UAACAUCAGUUAGUACUCUGUACAUAAGAUACUUUUUAUGCACAUAAAUAUAUCUGAAGAGAAAAACUAAACAUCCGCGCAUAUUCUUAACUCAUGAUCAUAGUACAUAUUUCGUCGAUUCCAGUCGAUCGCGAUAUUCUGGGCAAGACAGUUCGUCGUUAAACUGAUAUUGUGUGUGCACCAUCGACAAAUACUUAUUCGGAUUAUCAAGUGACUUGGUGGUUAUAAUAUAUAAGUACUGAACGAUCAGCGGUAUUUGGGUGCGAUGCGGUGGCCAAAAAUUCAGUUGCUUAUCUUAGCAGCGGCAUGUAUCUGUCUAGCUAAGGCCGACGAAUUUGAAAUUCCGGAGGAUUUUGAUCUGGAUGAGUUUGAUGAUACUGACGAAGAGCUGUUGAGACAAUUUGAAGAGAAGCUUGUCAACAAGGAUUUGGCUCAUGAAAAUGAACAUGCAAGGCAAAUAGCAUCCGAUCUGGCGGCAGAACAAUUGAAUAACAACUUGGUUGCAGUUGAUCCGUGUAUACAAAUUCAUUGUGGCGCUGGACGUGUUUGCAAAGCUGAAGGCACAAGUGCUUCGUGCGUCUGUAUUCCUGAAUGCCCAGAGGAAAAUGAUCCUAGACGAAAGGUCUGUACCAACAAAAACGAAACAUGGACGUCGGAUUGCGAAGUUUAUCGCCAACGUUGCCUUUGCGAUUCGGAUGAUCCGGCAUGUCGAGGACCUGAAUUUGCUCAUAUGCACAUUGACUACUACGGCGAAUGCAAGGAGAUGCCGGAUUGUCAAGAAGACGAGAUGAACGAUUUUCCCCGUCGCAUGCGUGAAUGGCUGUUCAACGUUAUGCGUGAUCUGUCUAACCGCGAUGAAUUGGCCGAAAAGUUUGUAUCAUUGGAAGUGGAAGCUGAAACGAAUCUGACCCGACGAUGGGCUAAUGCUGCCGUUUGGAAGUGGUGCGAUCUGGAUGGACAUCCACACGAUCGAACUGUGUCACGACACGAACUGUUUCCGAUCCGUGCACCGCUGAUGGCAUUGGAACAUUGCAUUGCACCAUUUUUGGAAACAUGCGAUCCAGACAACAAUCAUCGAAUUACCUUGAAGGAGUGGGGUAAAUGUUUGGAGUUGGAUGAGGCUGAUAUGUUGGAAAACUGUGACAAACUUGUCAAAGAUAAGGCACAGCAAUAGAGCAGAGCCAAAAUAACUUGAGGUUGAACUUCAGGAUUU